AUGGGGGAGGCGCUCGGGGAACAGAGCUUGAAGGACCACUGGGAUAUGUCUGGGGGCAUGCGGGUGGAGUUCCAGAAGCUUGUCUUGGGAGUUGUAUGCCUGCAUCGGAAGGAUUACGUCGACGGCCUCAAGGCAGGAAAUCCGAUGUUGGGUGAUCUCCAGUUCAUGGGAAGCUGCUGCGGCGACUACGCAGGUUCAGCGCAAGACAUUCAGAGCAGCAUCAACACAAACGAGCUGUACGGGAAAACCGAGGAGGUCGCUGGGACCAUUUUCAAGGACUUUGGCUGCACUCCCGUCGUCGGCGACAGCAUCUUUGCUCUCUCUUUGGUUGGCUCUUAG